AUGAAAAUCCUGCACUUUCUCACUUUACUGCUUUGGCAUUUGACUUGGCUGUCUCUGGAUCUAGUUCCUGGAGCACUGAGUAAUUCUGAAGCAGGCCAGAGUAAUCCAGGAUCUAAACUAGGUUUGUUAAAAACAGAAGGAAAAGAGAGGAGUCCCUCAGCUCGGGCAGGUACGCUGCGGACUGUGAACCAUGGAUACAGUACUGGGACCUCAAAGGCUAGGACUAAAAGCAGUGCUACUCAGGCUGGAGCUCUCUUGGCCAAGAAUGAUGAAUCACAGAAGGUUCUCUCAAGAACAGCAGCCACGGAGGCAAAGGUAGGACAUCUCCCAGGCAGACUUUCUGGAGUAAGGACAGUGACUCCAAAGGUUCAAAAUCUUAGCAGCAAGGCAGCUUUGAAAAAAACUGGCACAAGCAGUACUGAUACCGGUUCUUUCAAAACCAAAAAGACUAAAGAGCCUAUAACCCAAAGGGAAACUAAGGAGACUUUCAGACAUCCCCCUAUAACGCCACAUGAAUACAUGCUCUCUUUGUACAGGACUCUCUCAGAUGCAGAAAGAAAAGGUGUUAAUGGAAGUGUAAAACUGGAGGCUGGACUUGCCAAUACAAUAACCAGCUUUAUAGACAAAGGACAAGAUGAGCGAGCACCAACUAUAAGAAAACAAAAAUAUAUUUUUGAUAUUAGUGCAUUAGAAAAAGAUGGCUUGCUGGGAGCAGAGCUUCGAAUAUUGAGGAAAAAACCUUCUGAUACUUGGAAGUCUCAUUCUUCUGGAAAAACUUCCCAAGUGAAAUUAUUUAGUUGCUCUACCAACAGACAAGCAGCAACACUCCUGGACUCUCGUACUGUCAGUAUCACAGAUACACCAAAAUGGGAAGUGUUUGACAUCUGGAAGCUUUUUAGGAACUUUAAAAACUUGGUUAAUUUGUGUUUUGAACUGGAAACUUUUGACAGGGGGAGAGCUGUUGAUCUCAGGACUGUGGGAUUUAAUAGAACCGGAAGACAGGUCAAUGAAAAGGCUCUCUUCUUGGUAUUUGGGAGGACAAAAAAAAGAGACUUAUUUUUCAAUGAAAUCAAAGCUAGAUCUGGCCAAGACGACAAAACCGUUUAUGAGUACUUAUUCAAUCAGAGGCGGAAGAGAAGAGCUCCUUUAGCAACACGUCAAGGGAAGAGGCCCAGUAAGAAUCCGAAGGCAAGGUGUAGCAGAAAAGCCCUCCAUGUGAAUUUUAAGGAUAUGGGCUGGGAUGACUGGAUAAUAGCCCCCCUAGAAUACGAAGCGUAUCACUGCGAAGGUCUUUGUGAAUUCCCCCUUCGAUCCCAUCUGGAACCCACCAAUCACGCAGUUAUCCAAACUUUAAUGAACUCAAUGGACCCUGAAUCAACGCCCCCAACUUGCUGCGUCCCAACCAGACUGAGUCCUAUCAGCAUUCUUUUCAUUGACUCUGCAAACAAUGUGGUCUACAAGCAGUAUGAGGACAUGGUGGUGGAGUCGUGUGGCUGUAGGUAG